AGAGAGGAGUAUCUGAAAGCAGAGGAGAGCACAGUCUGCAUGGACUGUUCAAGACUGCUUGCUCUCUAAAGAACAAGAGUUUCUUAAGAAAACUGGAAUAAUGUGGAAAUGCCUCACCUGAACCUUCCAGACCAGAUUCAUAUGGACUGUCCGAUGUAAAGGAUUUUACAGCGCCGAACAAGGAAACUGAGGGAUCCAGAAGUUACAGGCCGCACGAUGUCUUCUGGCAGUGACUCCGUGGGGGAUCUGAUUCCCUCAGAUAUGCUGCAGGUGUUCAGUGAGGAACGGCAGGGGGGCAGAGGUAAACGGGGCAGGAGACGGAUAGGAUCCUUCAGCCGUGCGUUCAGGUGGUUGAAGAGCCAGCGCAGGAAAUCCCGCCGACACGCUACAGAGAUGCGUGGAGACCUGCUCGCCAUUGGAUCACCUGUAGAACUACCACAAUCCACACUUAAAACAGGCCCUAAAGAGGAAGUUGUAGGUGCUGUUUCUCUUCAGAAGUUCCAAGAAAAUGUAUUUGUGGAGGGUGAUCGGCCUAAAUAUGUGUUAGACCUGCACACAGAGGCCCAGCAGGGCCUAAAACAGCAGCAGGAGGAUGAUAGGAAUGGGACGGACUACCCUGAUGACCAAAGUAUGAUUUCAACAGUAACAGCUCAGACUGAAGACAGCAUGGCCUUCAGUGAACUGAGAGGUUUUGAAUCUGAGAGCACAGCUGCUGAUUCUGUUUCGAUGUGCUCCUCCAUGUCCUCACGAUCAACACGUUCAGGACUCAAACGCCAAGCCUCAACGUUUAGACCUUUGAAGCCGGAUAAGACUGCAGAGAGGACCAAGUCUCGUAGAAAGCACUUGAGAACUGUUGUAGGAAUUCCUCGACACAUCCAGAGAGAACUGGGGUUGGACAGGGCAGAAUGGAUCACCACCAAUCCUCUUGAUAGCCAGCUGUCCAAUGGAGACAUGAUAAUACCCACCAUAUUUUCCACUGUGGAUGGUGCUUCUGCUAAUGUACAAGACCAUCUACAGGGCAAAGAGAAUCGGCACACAGUUAAGAAACACAACACAGAGGUUCCCACAAUGGCUAUAACCAAAGAUGACAUAAUCCAAAGGUCCUUAAAUCAUUAUGUAGAUCCAGAAAAGUUCGGAGCAGGCUCUCUAGUUGUUCCUUGGACAGAGAACCCAACCGGUGCAGUCAUGUCUAUCUCACCUCAGGCCACAUACAUGUCUAAAAUCAUUCCAAAUGCUGUCCUUCCACCAUCUGUGGAUGUUGUGGAACUCAGUCGCAGCCGAAGUCGCAGCAGUGUCCGAACCGUCAGCAAGAGCAGCCUAGUGUCAGCCAGCCCAGCGUCCACCCGUCCAUCCUCCAGAGCCUCUUCAAAUUAUUCCUCCACCCGUCCAUCCUCCAGAACCUCUUCAAAUUAUUACUCAACCCGCUCAAACUAUUCUCGGUGGAGCAGCUCAGGAUCAUCAGAGACACUAGUAUCUGAUUCCUCCACCAUCUCCAGCAGUAGCACUCCCCGUGUGGCCAGCAGGGCAAGUCAGGUUGAGAACACGGCUAGACCAGUCAAGCUGAACAACCAUGGUUCCCAUGCUCCGUUUAAAACUACUCAUGGAAAUGGGGACUCUACAGAAGAGGAGGACAGCAGAAAAACAGGAUCUGCUGAUGCUUUCACACGUAACUUAUCAGUGAUGAAACGAAGCAAGAUACCUCCAGCUCCUCCCAGCAGGUCAUACUCCUUACACGGGAAACAGACCAAGAGGAGAUCUGAAAAUCCUUACUAUUUGGCUGAUGUCAGCACUCCAGAUGGAUCACCAUACCCCACUGUAUCUGAAAUGAACGUGACCACUCAUGAGUUAAGCCCUAAGAGAGGCUUAUCUACCUCCAAUGGACUCACAACUGUCUCAUCAAAGGAGAUCCAGCCAGUCAGCAUGGACAAGAAAACCACUCCAGUUGAGCUAAAGACAUACAGAAAUAAUCUUCAAAUGUCUUCCAUUGGCGCACCCCAUUCAUACACUAAUGGCACCCGUAAGCUUGCUGAACUGAAUAACAUCUUUCUGUCUGCAAGCUUAAUUAAUGGUAACAAAUGUUCCCCAGCUGUAAUGGCUCUGUUUGACAUUCCUAACCAUCCCAAAGUAUUGGCUCCCCCAGCUCCUCCUCCAGAAACCUGGGCUCACAACCAACAUACUUUCAAACUGCUGUGUGGGCCUGGCCCAGUUAACUAUGCACGAUGGGCUAAAAAGAGAGGUCUUAAAAUUGUGGAUGAACCAGACAUGACCUCAUCAAAUGGUGACGCAGCAUCAGUGUUGCAGGCAGUGGAGCUAAAAGCCAAAGUUAAAUCCUUAGCACCAGUCGCCAGUGUCACCCCGUCUCCGUCACCUCCCCCAGAACAUUACCCACCAAUGCCAAACAUCAGCCAAGCCAAACCUCCUCCGCCCCCUCCAGACUUUGUUCCUUCAGCUCCUACGCUAGUUGCCAAAGCUAUAAAGGACUUGACUUCUUGGAUCCCUCCACCUCCUCUGUUUCCUGCUCCGGCGCCUCCAGUAGGCACAGCUUCUGAAACUCCUGUCGCUGUGCCAAAUGAUACCGACUUCCCUCUGCCACCCCCACCAUUUUCGCCACGGUCUAUACUUAUAAUGCCUCAAUUACCACCAGAUGUUCCACCGCCACCACCACAAGAAGUUCCACCUGCACCACCACAAGAAGUUCCACCGCCACCACCACAAGUUCCACCGCCACCACCACAAGAAGUUCCACCGCCACCACCACAACAAGUUCCACCUCCACCAACACCACCUUCUGAACUACAGAAAAUCCAACCCCCUCUGCAAGAAUCCCAAUCUUCAAUACCCAAUGUGUUAGUAGCAUUAUCUGCAACUUCUCAACAAAUCAACGUUACUCCACCUCCUCCUCCACUACCCACUGAUGUAAGAUUUCAACAAGUCACUGUUCCUCUUCCUCCUCCACUACCUACUGAUGUAAAAAUGGAGGACAGACUAGAGACAACAGAAACAGCGAAACAGACAAGCAGUCCCUCACUGACCAAAGAGGAGACCUCCAGUCCAGUGGUCACCCAGUCUCUCUUACAGUUGGUUCGUCUAAGGUCGGUAAAGUCCAAUCAGAGUCAGGCUGUAGAUCUCGAUAAACCAUCACAACCCAAACCAAAAUCGGGUGUCAAUCAAGAGGUGCCACCAAAACCAAUUAGACGGUCUUUGAUUAUGACAUCACUGCCCCCUGAUGUGGAAGCUCUGUCCGGCACAGAGCCAAAAACCGAAUCUCCAUCUGUCAACGUGCACACAAACACAACCACUGUACCAAAUACUCAGAAAGAGUCAACUGAACUAAAGACUAAAUCAAAUAAUAUUGUUCAAAACCCCCAAAACACAAGACUUGAGCCUGCAUGCUCAUCAGCUACAAGUCCAACCACCGAACCAAGGAACACUUCAGCUCCUACUGAACCAGCAACUAAACAACCCUGUUCUGAACCAGAACUCAAACCCCAAACACUCAAGGAACAAAUCCAAGUUACAGCACCUGUCCCUGCUACCCUGCCAAACACAAUGGAACGAAAGGACCAAUCAAUAAGUGAGCCAAAGACUCAACUUCAGGCACAAGAACUCAAUAAGCCUCCGCAAAAUCCAGAGAGGCAAUCAAGCACCGUUGAAAUACCCUCAAAGCUGGAGGGUGAGCAGCCCAAACCCCAAACACCAAUGCCCACUGUCUCUUCCAUGCCUCCCGCAGUCUCUUUGCCCACCAACCCUUCCAUGCGUCUCCAGGAUGCUAUACGUUUGAAGGCUGCCACUAUGUCUCCAAAAGACAAGCAAGCCAAGCUCUUUGGUCAGCGCUCCCCUCUCCCAGUCAUGGCUGGUGGCACCACUGUACCCAACUCCCCUGCAACUACGGCCAGCUUCAUCUUCUCCAAGAGCCCAAAGAAGGUCGUAAUAGAGACACCGUCAUCCUUAGAGGUUCAGGCUGACCUGAGGAAGACUCUGGUGGCAGAGUUGGCAUCUGUUUCUGAUUCAGCCAAGUCUAAUGACUCACACAAAACUGCUAACAAAGUUCCUCCACCUAUUUCUAAGAAACCCAACAGGGUUGAGAGCGUUGUUCAGAACUCUGCAGAGUCUGUUGCCAAGACUGAGCAUGUGCAAACAGAAACUGUACAAACUGCCGGACAGGAAGUACAGACAGAGAACUAUGAGAGAAAAACAAAUUAACAAACACAAACACAAAUGAUUUUACUCUAGAGUUUUUGCUUUUUCACAGAUAAACAAGGCUUUAGAUCUUAGGCUCAAACUGCUUAAGCAAUUUUGAAAUAUAAAAUACUUAAAAAGUCUUUAUGUACAGAUAGGCAUAUUGCACUUUUUGUACACUGGUUUAGUGUAACUGAUUCUCAUUCAUGGGAAUGCAUGUCACUGGUAUUUGGAAAUGAUAAAUAUUCUUAUUUUUAUUUAUGUGUCCUGAGUUCUAGACAGAAGCCAUGCUAACUUCUAGCACUAUAGAAAACAGCAGGAGAGCACCAUGAGAAUGAUGUUUGUAAGUUUGUAAAACCGAGUUUACCACCCAAACUCUAUAGUGGAAUUUUAGAGGUAUUGGUGUAAACUGAAUAUAAUUGCAUUACAAAAGAAAUGAAGGUAAAGAAUGUAAGAUAAAGAAUGAAAAGAAGCUAAGCAAAAAGA